CCUCCCCAUUCUGAGGUUCAGCCCUCCUCCGCACCCACCAUCUCAGGGCUCUGGGGCUGUAAGGGACCCCUGCAGUCCCUGAGCUGAGGCCAGCAGCGUGAGAGACUAUGAGGCAAGCAGCCCAUCGGCCCAGGCCUCCUUAGGACCAGCUCAGCCAGCCAGCAAGCGAGUGAGCUGCAACGGAGAAAGAAGCGGGAGGUAAAGGACCACAGCAGACCACUGGAGCUUACCCCCAGCAGCGCCUGAGGACCCGAGCCAGGGUGAGGGGUCACCAUGGAUGGCCAGAUCCGCAGCCACUGACAGACACAUUGACAUGGAUGCGUGCAGCUGCCCAACGCCGACACACUCAGAUACAACCAGUGACAGCAUCACACACUGCCACAGCCCUGCAACACAGACACCUACGCACAGAAACAACUGGUAACUCUGAAACAGGCACAAACAGUGACACACGGCAUCACUCUCCUCAACACAAGGGCAGCAACACCCUCCAAACACACAAGGCAGCAUUGGCCUGAGGGAGCAGACCAGAGAAACACACGCACAUCCUCAUCCCAGCGCUGCUGGUGGUGGCCUCUGCACAUCCUCCCCACCCCCACAGGGACACCCUUGCCUCUCCACAUACUCAGACACACACAUAACCACGAACAUACAUAGCUCACAUACCCCUGGCUCCAGCUCUGGCAGUCCCCACGUCUUCCGCAGCCUCCUUUGUGGGUCGGGAAAAGCUCAGCCAACCUGGAUGGAACCUCGGUGAAGCCAAGUGCCAGAGGAGAAAGAGUCUGGCCUGGAAUGACCCUCUCCAGUGCCCCCACUUGGCUGGGUGAUGUUCCCCAGCCUGAGUUCUGGGGCCUCUUGGUGCUGCCAUGGAGCAAUUGACAACCUUCCCACGGCCUGGGGAUCCCAGCGUCAUGGAACCCUGGGCACUGUCUGCCUGGCAGAGCUGGACUCUGGGCCAAGGGGGCGAACCUAGAGACAUAGCUCCAAGCAUUGCCGAUACUCCGGCAGCUCUGCAGGUUAGAGAAGUGAGUUCCCAGCCCCAGGCGGGCACUGACCCUGAAGGAGCAGAGGCUGGGCUGCCCAGCUUGAGGCAGCAAGUGGGGAACUCUGGACGUGGCUGCCCAAGGCUAGAGGAUGAGGAGGUGCAGGCUUUGCCUAAGGCCACCCUAAAUACCAGCUUUGGGGACCAGCACAAUCUGGAGCUGCUGAGGGCCCUGGGGGAGCUGCAGCAGCGCUGUGCCAUCCUCAAGGAGGAAAACCAGAUGCUGAGAAACAGCAGCUUUCCUGAGACGGAGGAGAAGGUGCGGCGGCUAAAGAGGAAGAAUGCGGAGCUAGCCGUCAUUGCCCAGCGCCUGGAGGAGAGGGCCCGGAAGCUGCAGGAAACCAAUCUGAGGGUGGUGAGUGCCCCUGUGCCCCGCUCUGGGGCCAGCUUGGAGAUGUGCCGGAAAGCCCUAGCCCGCCAGCGAGCCCGGGACCUCAGUGAGACCGCCAGUGCUCUGCUGGCCAAGGACAAGCAGAUCGCUGCCUUGCAGCAGGAGUGCAGGGAGCUGCAGGCCAGGCUCACCCUAGUGGGCAAGGAGGGUCCCCAGUGGUUCUGCGUGAGGGACUUCGACCGGUUGCUGCGCGAGUCCCAGCGGGAAGUGCUGCGGCUACAGAGGCAGAUUGCCCUGCGCAACCAACAGGAGCUGUCCCCGCCGCCCCGACUGCCCGGCCCUGCUCUCCCCUCCAGGGCAGGGGCACCGAAGCCGGUGGCCCCGGGAGAGGUCACGUCCCAGGAGGAUGUGGACAGCCUACCUUUGGUGGUAGGGGACCCUGAGAAACAGCAGAGGGUACAGCAGCUGGAGUCUGAGCUCAGCAAGAAGCGGAAGAAAUGUGAGAGCCUGGAGCAGGAAGCCCGGAAGAAGCAGAGGCGAUGCGAAGAGCUGGAACUACAGCUGAAAGAAGCCCAGAAUGAGAAUGCCCGCCUGGUGGAAGAGAACUUUCAACUCAGUGGCAGAGCCGCCGAGAGGGAACAGGUGGAAUGGGAGAAUGCGGAGCUGAGAGACCAGCUUUUGGGGGUGACACAGGAGAGGGACUCAGCUCUUCGCAAGAGCCAGGGCCUGCAGAGCAAGCUGGAGAGCCUGGAGCAGGUGCUGAAGCACAUGCGGGAGGUGGCCCAGCGGCGGCAGCAGCUGGAGGUGGAACAUGAACAGGCUCGGCUUAGCCUUCGGGAGAAGCAGGAGGAGGUCCGGAGGCUGCAGCAGGCCCAGGCAGAAGCCAAGAGGGAGCAUGAAGGAGCCGUGCAGCUGCUGGAGUCUACCCUGGAUUCGAUGCAGGCCCGGGUCCGAGAGCUGGAGGAGCAGUGCCGCAGCCAAACCGAGCGCUUCAGCCUCCUGGCUCAGGAGCUCCAGGCUUUCCGUCUACACCCAGGUCCCUUGGACCUGCUCACUUCUGUGCUGGGCUGCAGUGCCCUUGGGGACCACCCUCCACCUCCCUGCUGCUCCACCCCUCAGCCCUGCCGGGGCUCUGGCCCCAAAGACCUUGACCUUCUGCCGGGUUCCCCGGGGCACGGCACCCCAAAGUCUUCCGAGCCUGCUCCUGCCGCCCUUACUGGGGCUCCUCGAAGGACAGCCAAGAAGGCAGAGUCUCUCUCUAACUCCUCACGCUCUGAGUCCAUCCACAACAGCCCCAAAUCAUGCCCUACGCCAGAGGUGGACACAGCCAGUGAGGUGGAGGAGCUGGAGGUAGACAGCAUCUCCCUGCUCCCAGCAGCAACAGAGAGCAACCCAGGAGCAUCCAGGAUCCAGGUCUUCCUCACACGCUAUAGCUACAACCCCUUUGAGGGCCCCAAUGAGAAUCCAGAGGCAGAGCUUCCGCUAACAGCUGGUGAAUACAUCUAUAUCUAUGGCAAUAUGGACGAGGAUGGCUUUUUUGAAGGGGAGCUCAUGGAUGGCCGAAGGGGCCUGGUCCCUUCCAAUUUUGUGGAGCGUGUGUCUGAUGAUGACCUCCUGACCUCCCUCCCUUUGGAGCUGGCUGAUUUGUCCCACAGCUCAGGCCCUGAACUCAGUUUCCUGAGCAGAGGUGGGGGAGGCAGCAGUAGCGGGGGCCAGAGCAGCGGGGGACAUAGCCAGCCCAGACCAGAAGAGAAGGAGGAGGAUGCAAGGGACGAGCUCAGCCUGAGCCCCCCGCCGGAGGGCCUGGGCGCUCUUGCAGUGCCUUACCCUCGCCAUCUGGUAGUCCUCAAACAGCUGGCCCACAGUGUGGUGCUGGCCUGGGAGCUGCCUCCUGAGCGAGUAGAACUCUGUGGCUUCCAUAUCUGUGUGAACGGGAAGCUGCAUCAGGCCCUGGGGCCUGGGGUGCCCCCCAAGGCUGUGCUUGAGAACUUGGACCUGCGGGCUGGGCCCCUCCAUGUUUCUGUCCAGGCCCUGACCAGCAAGGGCAGCUCCGACCCUCUGCGCUGUUGCUUGGCCGUGGGUGCUCGAGCUGGGGUAGUACCUAGCCAGCUGCGGGUCCAUCGGUUGACAGCCACAUCUGCUGAGAUCACCUGGGUGCCCGGCAAUAGCAACUUGGCCCAUGCCAUCUACCUCAAUGGGGAAGAGUGCCCACCUGCCCGCCCCAGCACCUAUUGGACCACCUUCUGCAACCUACGGCCUGGCACACUGUAUCAGGCCCGGGUAGAAGCUCAGCUCCCACCUCAAGGAGCUUGGGAACCAGGCUGGGAGAGGCUGGAGCAGCGGUCUGCCACCCUACAGUUCACUACACUCCCUGCAGGCCCACCUGAUGCCCCCCUGGAUGUGCAGAUUGAGCUGGGACCCUCCCCUGGCAUCUUGAUCAUCAGUUGGCUCCCAGUCACCAUUGAUGCUGCUGGUACCUCCAAUGGUGUCCGGGUCACCGGCUAUGCCAUCUAUGCUGAUGGACAGAAGAUCAUGGAGGUGGCCUCACCCACAGCAGGCAGUGUGCUGGUGGAGCUGUCCCAGCUGCAGCUGCUGCAGGUGUCCCAUGAAGUAACUGUGCGCACCAUGUCACCCCAUGGCGAGUCGGCUGACUCCAUCCCUGCUCCUAUUGCUCCAGCCCUGGCUUCCACCUGUUCAGCAGCCAGGGUCACCUGCCCCUCACCACGACCAAGCCCAGAGGUUAGAACACCCCUUGCUUCAGCAUCCCCAGGGCCUGGGGACCCCAGUUCUCCCUUCUGGCGCACUGCUACCCAUGGAACUCCGGAGCCUCCAGGAGGUCCCCCAGCAAGCCCCAUCAAACAGAUGCCAAAAGGAGCCCAGGAAGAGCCUGCAGCACCUUGCGCCCAGGAGGAGGCUGGGGCAGCCAUGCUGCAAGCCUCAGAGGAGAGGAGGGCCAGUGAGCCACCCGUGGGUGAGGGAAGCUCUGGCCCUGUGGCUCCCUGCCAGAUGAUGCAGGAGGCUGAGUCAACUGCAGGAGAGGCCAGACCCACGGUCUGCCCCAUCCAGGGAGCACUGACCCAGAGGGCGCCCAGUACUGAGGCCUGCCGUGGAGCCGACCCUGGGCUAAGAGCCAGGGCUGAGAGGGAAGACCCAGCAGAGCUUGGGGUUCGUCUGGUAAACCCUCUUGUGGAUCAUGGCCGUAACUCAGACCUGUCAGACAUCCAAGAAGAGGAGGAGGAGGAAGAGGAAGAGAAAGAAGAGGAGGAGCUGGGUUCCAGGACUUGCUCCUUCCAGAAGCAGGUUGCUGGCAACAGCAUCAGGGAGAGUGGGGCCAAGCCCCAGCCCGACCCCUUUUGUGAGACUGACAGUGAUGAGGAAAUCUUGGAGCAGAUCUUGGAGCUGCCCCUCCAGCAGUUCUGCAGCAAGAAGCUCUUUAGCAUCCCGGAGGAGGAAGAAGAGGAGAAUGAAGAAGACAAUGAGGAGCAGAAGCCAGGGAUGGGCUUUUCCCAAGACCCUAGUCCACUGGAACCAGUAUUGCUGGGGUUGGGCUGUGACAGUGGUCAGCCUCCAGGACUUGGCCUGUGUUCCCUGUCUCCUGAGCCCUCCAGGGCCAGGGACCACCUGGAGGACAUGGCUGGACUAGUCAGUGGAAGCAGCCGGAGGAGAGGAUGUGGCUCCCCUGAGAAGCUCCCAAACCGCAGGCGGCCUCCAGAUCCCCGAGAACACUGCAGUCGGCUUCUCAGCAAUGGCGGCCCCCAGGCCUCCUCACGGCCAGCCCCCUCAUGGGACAGGAGCAGCCUUCCUGUGAUUGAGGGCACCAGGGGUGGAAUGGAGGCUAGUGGAAAAGGGCGACCAGGCACUUCCCGGAGAUGCCCCCGUGGCCGAGCCCUGGAGUCUGGCCUGGCCAGCUGCCUGUCCCCCAAGGGCUCAGAAAUCAGCAUUGAAUAUGACUCUGAGGAUGAGGAGGAGGUGGGCAGCGGGGGCAUCGGCAUCACCAGCUCCUGCUACCCUGCAGAUGGGGAGCCCUGGGGCAUGGCACCUAUAGGAAGACCGAGGGGGCCUCUGAAGGUCAACUCAGGCCCCAGCCUCCCAGCCUGGGAGAAAGGGGAGCCAGAGCGGAGAGGCCGCAGCGCGACCAGCAGAGCCAAGGAGCCACCCUCCUGGGCAGCGGAGAUUGGGGAGGCCAGAGGGCAGAACGGCUCUGGGCGGAAGGGCCACCAGAGGAGAGGGGCCCGGAUGCCCAGGCUGAGCACCACUGAGCUGGCCCCUCCAAGGAGCCACUCAGAAACGCUGGCGCACCAGAACAUACCUGUUAGGGUCUUUGUGGCUCUGUUUGACUACGACCCUGUGUCAAUGUCGCCCAACCCUGAUGCUGGAGAAGAGGAGCUCCCUUUCCGGGAGGGCCAGAUUUUGAAGGUGUUUGGGGACAAAGAUGCUGAUGGCUUCUAUCGGGGGGAAAGUGGCGGCCAGACAGGCUACAUCCCAUGCAACAUGGUGGCUGAGGUGGCUGUGAGCAGUCCCACAGGGAGACAGCAGCUGUUCCAGUGGGGUUACUUGUCUCCAGAGGUUGUCACUGAGGGCACAGGGAACAGUCCCUUUGUGUACUCCACAGCCCAUACAACUGCGCCUCCCCCCAAGCCCCGCCGCUCCAAGAAAGACAGGAUGAAGCAGGAAGGGCAGGAUGGGACUCAGAGGCAUCUUUUCCCUACAGCAGAACUGGAAGACCCUGCUCAGCCCUGCCCAGGUCCCCCAGAGCCCAUUGCCUCUGCUGCCUUGAAAGCUCCCCACCCCAUGGUAGCUGCUUUUGACUACAACCCCCGGGAAAACUCCCCCAAUAUGGAUGUGGAGGCAGAGCUGCCCUUCAGGGCAGGGGACGUCAUUACUGUGUUUGGGAGCAUGGACGAUGAUGGUUUCUACUAUGGGGAACUGAAUGGACAAAGGGGCCUGGUUCCAUCCAACUUUCUGGAGGGCCCCAGGCCUGAAGUAGGCAGCUCGGACAGGGAACCCACAAUGCCCCAGGCAGAGAGUCAAGGCUGGGUCGGCACAGGAGGACCCUCAGUGCCCCCAGGCUGGCACUGCAUCUCCAGCCCUGGAAGCCUCCCCAGGACCGAACUGGGUGAGCCACAGGGCACAGCUAAGAAGCUGUGGGGUCUUCUGUCCAAAGGGAAGCAGCUCCUCAGGAAACUGGCCUCUGGGAAGGAGUGAAGCUGUGGCCUAUCCCGCAGGGAGAAGUGUGGUCUCUGGAGAUGCCCAGGGCACCACUGUGGCUGGACAGAGGGGCCCUCAAGGGCCCAGAACCCCUGUUCUCUGAGUUAACACUGUGGCACUUGGAUGAGAAUCAGAGAAUUGGUGAAAGUGAGAGGCUAGGUGGAAGGGCGCAUCCUCUAGCUGGGCCCCUUCCCCUUGUAGGAGGGAGACUGAGCCCCACAGUGAGUAACCAAUGUUGCUGAGCAGCCAGUGAGACCAGGACUGGGCUCAGGACUCUUGACUCUCAGUCUACCUGCCUGUCUAAUGCUAGUUUCCCACCAGGCUGGGCAGGUCCCUUCUUUGGUCCUCUCUCCCUAUACCCAGGAGGAGACCGAAGGGACAAGGGGCUGUUUCAACCCCCAGCACGUCUUCCCUCCCCUGAAGGGAAGUUUGCCCUGGAGUGUCCCCAGGAGCAGUGGGCACAGUUGUGUAUAUCAUUGGAGUGUCCCCAGGGAGUGUCCCCAGGGGCAAUGGGUGGAGCCGUGUAUAUCACUGGAGAGUCCCCAGGGGCAGUGGGCAGAGCCGUGUACAUCACUGGAGUAUCCCCAGGGGCAGUGGGCGGAGCCGUGUAUAUCACUGGAGUGUCCCCAGGGGCAGUGGGCGGAGCCAUGUAUAUCACUGGAGUGUCCCCAGGGGCAGUGGGCGGAGCCAUGUAUAUCACUGGAGUGUCCCCAGGGGCAGUGGGCGGAGCCGUGUAUAUAUGUACAUACUCAGUGCCUCACUCCAGCCCCUCCAUCUCGCCUCCACUGCACAGCACAGGCCGGUGGUGGGAGGAAGGCCAUGCCAAAGCGGGCCUGACCCACCCCACCGUGCUCCACCCCUCCCUGCCCUGCCACCUGGCCCUGGGGUCAUCCCCCCUGCUAGAAACCCAGGGGACCAGGGGGCAGAAAGCAGGAGUUGAGUUUGCCUUAUUUUGCUCAUUGGAUUCAACUUCUCUUUUGCAUUAUUUUCUUCUGGCCCCCGUGGGAGUCCAGGGGCUGAGUUUAAGGACAGAUUACACAGCUAUUUUCAUACAUUCCCCUUUCAGAGUGGGCAGGGGCUGCUCCACCCUCAUUUGAGCCAUCCACCCCUCACCCUGGCUCUGCAUGUUCCCUAUGCUGCGGUGGGAGGCUGUUCCACUGAACUCCCACCUCCACCUUGGUCUCCGGGAGUGUGGAAUAGUGGAGGCAUUUGUUUAAAAAGACAUUUUAUUAUAAUAAAGUCUAUUUUCACAAAAA